AUGGUGCAGCAUAGGCUGCCAGGACUCAUUGCGGCCCAUAGCUACGAGGCAGGAAGGGGGGCUUCACCACCCGCUUCCUCCCCUUCCUCCCACUCCUCACAUCGUCCUUCUGCUGCAGCACGGGCUGCCAGCGUUCAUCACGGACUACAGCCACGAGGCAGCACAGCGAGCCAGGAAGCCAGUGAGGCACCCCGGGGCACCACAGGUGCUGCCUGUGGUGGAGAGUCAGUCAGUCAGUCCUCGCAGCACCGUGCUGCCCCAUCCCUUAUCUCCCACCAGGUCCUCAUGCUGCGUGGUGGGGUGCCAGCACUGGUCUCGGACUUCAGCCACGAGGCAGCACAGCAAGCCAGAGAGGCAGAAGGCCACCACAGGCUCCUCAGCCAGUCCUCACAGCAUCGGGCUGCCCCGUCCCUCUUCUCCUGUCAGGUCCUCAUGCUGCGCGUUGGGGUGCCAGCACUCAUCACGGGCUACAGUCACGACGAAGCACAGAGAGCCAGGGGGGCACCACAGCACUCAUCACGGACUACAGCCAUGAGGCAGCACAGCGAGCCAGGGAGGCGCUCUGUUCGCUGGCUGUUGAGGUGCAACGAGGUAGCCAGGGUGGGGCUGCAGCAGCCGCAGGGCUUCAGCCUGUCAUCAGCGAGGUAG